CUGGCGUCUCGACACCCUUGUUAUCCAUGGACAACUAUUUGAACCCUCUGGCAGAAACCUGAGCUGUUCGAUCGUGGGUUGGACAUUGGCCGGGCUACCUCCUACCACAAACUUGGAGUAGCUAUUAUCAGCGGAGGACUAGAAUCCUCCCUACGGCACGAUGCUACACCCCAUUCUCGAUUUAAGCGAUCUUAAUGUUAUCCUUGUGGUCUCGAGCUUCUAUGUUCUCAUUAUUGGAUUUAUAUCCUUAAAAGUCAAGCAAAGAUGGUAUCUAGGCGAAGCAUUACCCGCUUUCCUCAUCGGCAUUGCAUUCGGUCCCCUAGGCGCAAAGCUUCUUGUUGUUGACCAUUGGGGGAGUAAUGACGGCGGUAGCGCGACAAGUGCGAUCUCUUACGCUAUGACACGACUUGUCAUUGGAAUUCAAUUGGUAAAAGUUGGAUAUCAACUGCCAAAGAAAUACCUAAAGCGACGUUUUAAGGAGAUGACUAUCUGCUUGUUACCAUUGAUGACUAUCGGGUGGAUUGUAACAUCUGCUUGUAUCAUGUUGAUGAUUCCAAACAUUUCUUUCCUUGCAGCACUCAUAAUUGGCUCAUGUGUAACGUGCACGGAUCCGAUUUUAUCUCAGGCGAUCGCAAAAGGCCCCUUCGCUGACAACUAUGUCCAUCGACCUCUCCGAGAAUUUAUAUCCUCUGAGGCAGGUGGGAAUGAUGGGUUUGGGUUUUCUUUUCUAUUACUCGGCGUAUCUCUGCUUCGAUAUGCAGAGGCGCCCGUAAACACCAUUGUAUUAGCAGAAUUUGACCUGGAAGAAGGAGAACCAGAUCUUCUAGGUUCUCUUGAUAGGGGCCGCUUUGGAGGGGGUGCUGGCACCGCGCUGAAGCAUUGGUUUGUUGAAGGCUUCCUCUACAUGAUCAUCCUAGGGGCUGGAUAUGGGAUAAUUGUCGGCUUUGUUUGCCAGAAAGUUCUAAACAUGUCGUCUAAGAGGAAGUGGAUUGACCAUGAGUGUUUUACCUUGAUUCCUGUGGCUCUCGGGACGUUUAUUGUUGGUACUUGUGGCUGUUUUGGCUCUGACGAGACCCUGGCCUGCUUCAUAGCAGGAAGCAUGCUGAACUGGGAUGGGCUAUACAAUACUGAGAUCCAGGCACGACAUGAUUCAUUCAACACGUCGUUGGAGACUCUGUUAAAUUACGCCACCUUUAUGUACCUGGGGGCGAUUAUGCCGUGGCAGGAGUUUCACAUGCCGACAGCUACCGGGAUCACUUAUCCGCGUCUUUUAGGGCUAGGAGUUUUGAUACUCAUCUUUCGACGCAUCCCUGCAAUUAUGGCUGGAUAUCGAUUUAUGCCAAGGAUAUGCAGCAACUGGAAGGAAGCUUUGUUUAUGGGGCAUUUCGGUCCAAUCGGCGUGGGAGCAAUUGCAUAUGUGGAAUACGCUCGACGACUGUUUCCGGAUCGCGGAGAAAGUGACAGAGAAAUCAACCAAUUAACCGAUGCCAUGAUACCAGUUGUCUACUGGCUAGUUCUCUUUUCUAUCAUCAUCCACGGCUUAUCUGUUCCCAUCCUCUAUGUGUUUUACAGAGCAUUCAAAGUACCACGUAUUCACGACCACCCGGUGGAGGUUGUUCUCUUGUCUGAGAAUGAGCCGUUGCCCAACAACAGUACAGUAAAUCCACAGCGGUACUCGGUGUUUCUCAACAACCGUUUCUCCGAGCCACCGGAUAUCCACGAGAGUGACGAGGAAAAGGGACUCGCGCGCAUACGAGAAAAUAGUGAGACCCAGCUGCGACGAAGCGAGGACAGCUCUGGUUUACCGGAUCUGGAAAUAGCGCGCUCGCAGAGAUCGAACCAACGAUUAAACGACGAAAUGGAUGCAAGGGAGAUUGUCUGAAGGUACUACGCGCUCUACAUUGUCUAGACGGGUAGGAUAUCAUUCAUUAUUCAUUCACUCAUUCA